UUAGAGGCUCAAAUAGGAUCAAAUCCCUCGUGGGGUUGGCGAAGCAUACUUUACGGAAGGGAUCUCCUCCUAAAAGGAAUGCAUUGGCAAGUUGGUAAUGGACAUGAUAUUGAUGCUUUUUAUGACUGUUGGGUCCCAUAUGCUAAACGAGAGAGUCUGGGGAUCAAGUUGGCCAAUAUUAACUCAUCACUAAGAGUCUCCUUUUUCAUUGAGAAAAGUAUGGGGGAAUGGCACAUUCCGAGGUCACAAUACUAUUUUGAUCCCUGCUCGGUCGAUAUAAUUUGCAAAAUGACCCUUCCUCUGACAUCGUAUCCAGAUAUUAGAGUAUGGCAUUUUACCAAAAAUGGCAAGUACUCAAUCAAGAUAGGGUAUCAUCUAGCACUUGAAGGCAUUCUAGCACGCAAUAGAAAAACCCUGGCUCACAUUAUCGAUCCUCCUUUGUGGAAACUGACAUGGGGCAUCCAAAUCCCUCCUCAACUAAGAUUUUUCAUUUGGCAGUGCCUAAGAGUGGUCCUACCAAUGACAGUAGCGCUCUGAUCUCGUGUGGUUAAUUGUCUAAGGGGAUGUCCUGUUUGCUGGAGGAGCCGAGAGAGUAUAGAACAUUUGUUCUUUCAUUGCCCCUUUGCAAAUAUGUUAUGGUACUUUGUGGGAUUAAGUGACAUACUGGUUUCGGCCCCAACAAUGAAUUUUAGUGUGUGGUGGCGUCAAGUUAUGCUUUCAGAGCAGUCCCAAACUCAUAUUCUCCAGAUCGUGUGUCUCUUGUGGAGAAUAUGGAAACCAAUAAAUAAAGUGGUAUUUGAAAAUACCAACCCUCAUGUCCGUUCGCUUGCCCGCCAAUUCUCCUUUCAAGUCCGUGAAGUGCUCUCAUCCCGUUUACCUGCACCGCUUGUUCAGCCUCGUGUGAUUGCCUCUUCAAGCCAGCCCUUGGAAUGCCCUCCUGAAGAUUAUCUGAAGAUCAAUUUUGAUGUUGCUGUUCAAGCCUCUGGUUACUCGUCUGGUCUUGUGGUUCGUGGCUCGGACGAUCAUGUUCUGCUUGCCUCAGAUUUCCAUCAUCCAGGGAUUUCAGACCCGUACCUUGCAGAGCUCCUUGCAGCAAGGGAUGCGAUCUCACUUGCAGCUUCUAGAAGUCUACCUCGUGUCAUCAUUGAGGGAGAUGCUGCUGUGGUCAUCCGUCAACUUAGCCUUGGUGCAGUGGAGGAUUCCGUGGGUGGUCCCAUUCUUAGAGAUUGUAGGCUUAUCCUUGGGUCUUUGUCUCUUUUUAUAGAAUUUAGAGCGGUUCCGCGGACUACCAACUGGGCUGCCCAUAGAAUGACACGUAUAGCCCUGUUGAUGUCUCAGAUAGAGUUAGCUUCUUUUGACUUUGUAGGUUGGUUUGUUAGCGGGGUGUGGAGGGAGUUUGAGCAGUUUUUGUUCUAACUAUCUUUCUGAUAUUACUCGGGCAAACCCCCCCUAAUUAUCUAUGUUUUCGCCCCAUUUUUAAAAAAUAACGGUCAACAUUAGAUUAAUAGCAACUUUGGAAUAAAAAUAUUAACACAUU